CAAUGGUUAUGAUAAAUCGGACGUGUACGAUAUUUAUCCAUACGGGAUAAAGUCCAUUCCGGUCAAAGUUCAUUGUAACAUGGAUAUAAUGGGCGGUGGGUGGACGGUAAUCCAAAAACGAAUCGAUGGAUCCGUCAGCUUUGACAGGAACUGGAAAGACUACAAAAAUGGUUUUGGUGAACCGGAACAGGAAGUCUGGAUUGGAAAUGACUUAAUCCAUCACUUAACAAAAGAAAACAACUCGUCUCUUUAUGUAUCCAUCACUCUCCGGAAUGGUACAACACUGUAUGAAAUGUACGAUAGAUUCUCUGUCUCCGCCGAAACAGGAAAAUAUCAACUCUUUCUUGCAGGGCCUGCCACGGGGACACUAGGUAACAGUAUGACAAGCAGCCAUUACCUGUCUGGGAUGUCAUUCUCCACCCCAGACAGAGAUAAUGACAGAUGGAGAAACAGUAUGUUAAUGAGGUCAUAUUCGUUGUUUUUCUGA